UUUGACGAUUUGACGAAAUUAAUCCCCAAUUGAACCCUGAAACGAACCCCUAAAAAGUAAUUCAACACUCCCGUCGACUCUCCCACCGUUUUUGUUUUCGAUUCGAUUGCAAAUAUCUGCUGCUUUCGUUCGCUCGGUUCUUCCACUGAUCCUUGAUCGUAGCCUUCAUCUUUAAUCGUCAUCUUCUGUUUUGGGUUAAACCGUAAACAGCGAGCAUUAAAUUCGCACGGGCGAUUGGCGGACGUCGGCGAUCAUUAUCGACUUGAAAAACCUACGGAUUUUUCUUUCAAGUUGAAGCCUCCAAUUGUUGUUAUUCUCAUAUAUUUCAGGUUCGUUAGGGUUUCUUAAUUUGAAUCGCAUCAAUAAGCUAGACUAACUUAGGGUUACUAAAUUAGUCUUAUCAUUCUAAAUGAUUUCUCGAAGUAUUUAAUUGCAUCUUAUUCUAGCUUCAAUAGACGAUACACAUGUCCAAUUGCUUUCAAUAGUCAAUAUACGUUUUCACAUUAUUGUUUUUUCAUUUCAUUCUCCUUUUCUUCUUUUGACCAAUUUCCACAUUACAAGUCUUUUACUCUCUAUCGUUCUUCUCUCUACUUGCCUUCCCCUUGCUUCAAUUGCUUCCUCAAUUACGCAUUUUAAGUGGCAAAGUCAGUUUUUCUAGUUAUGGUAAAUUCGCAACAUAAUUGCUAGCUUCAAUUCGUUGUUACUCUCUUUUUAAUCGAAGGGGACUAUGUUAUGCAGUUUCUCCUCUUGUUAUUCUUACGCCUUUUAAUUUAUUAUUCUUCAUUCCCUUAUAAAUCUAAUGAAGGGAGACUGUUUCUCUAAAGAGCAAAAUGUUAACUGAAAUUGAUAAUAUUUUAAAACUCUUCCUGUUGCUUAUUAGGGGCAGUUACACAUAUAAGUUUAACAUGUUUUGAAUUGAAGGUGGACAUUUGGCCCAUACUGUUAGAGUUACAGCAGCAUGAGUAGGUAAUAGAGAUGAAUGUGCAGGCGCAUAUAUCUGGGCAGAUCUGUGGACAGGUUCCUAAUCAGUUGCCCCAACAGAAUGGGAAUCCGCUCCCUGCAGUUCAGUUGCAGAAUUUAGCUGCUUCUAGUGGUGGAGGUUUGACUUCUCCUAGCAUGUUCACCAUGGACCCUGAGCUUCAUAGAGCUCGCAUUUUUAUGCGUGAGAAAAUAUUUGCAAUUAUCUUGCAGAGGCAGCCUCAGCCAGUUAGUGAACCACAGAAACAGAAAUUUAAGGAUAUUGCCAAACGCCUUGAGGAGGGUCUGUUUAAAGCUGCUCAGUCAAAGGAGGACUACAUGAACCUAAAUACCUUAGAGAGUCGUCUUAGUAGCCUGAUCAAACGUGCACCUGUGAAUAACCACAACCAACGACAUGGACAACUUGUUAAUCCUUCUUCUUCCAUUGGUACUAUGAUACCCACCCCUGGCAUGUCACAUAGUGGGAAUUCCAACUUGAUGGUAUCUUCUGCAGAUACUGUGAUGACUGCUUCCAGUGGAUGUGAUAGUAUAUCAGUGACAACUAUGAACACCGGAAGCCUGUUGCCAUCUAGCUCUUUACAUAGUUCCUUCAGUAGAUCUGAUGCUAUGGUUGCAGGGACUAUGUCUAAUGGAUAUCAGCAAACACUGGCCAAUUUCUCUAUUAGCUCUGGUGGGAGUUUGCCAUCCAUGGGUGGGCAAAGAAUGACAAGCCAGAUGAUUCCAACUCCUGGAUAUAAUAAUAGCAAUAACAAUAACAAGAGUAAUAAUCAAUCUUUCGUGAAUAUGGAGUCAUCUAGUAGUCUUGGUGGUUAUUCAACUGUUGAAUCUACAAUGGCAUCACAGCCACAGCAGCAAAAGCAGUAUGCUGGAGGUCAAAACAGUCACAUACUGCAGAAUCUUGGCAGCCAAAUGGGCAGCAGUAUUAGAUCUGGAUUGCAGCAAAAAUCAUAUGGGUUCUCAAACGGAGCUCUAAAUAGUGGAAUGGGGAUGAUUACGAACAAUUUACAGCUUGUGAGUGAACCUUGUGCCUCUGAGGGUUAUAUGACUCCCACACCGUAUGCUAGUUCACCCAAACCAUUGCAACAGCAUUUUGAUCAACAACAGCAACAAAUAGUGCAUGGUGAGGGAUAUGGAAUAAGUAAUGCUGAUUCCUUUGGAUCUGGAAACUUUUAUAAUACAGUAACAUCUGUUGGAUCAAUGAUGAAUGCUCAGAAUUUGACUUCCAUGAGCUUGCGGCCCAUGCCCAAAACUAACUCAUCUCUGGUAAAUAAUCAGUUAAAUUUACAUGGAAUGCAACAAGGUGCACAUAUAAAGCCUCAAUCAGCUGAUCAAUCUGAAAAGAUGAAUUUUCAGUCUCUACCUUCUAGGGACAGUAUCCUACAGACUCACCAACAACAGCAAUUUCAGCAACAUCUUCAUCAAUUUCCACAGCAGCAAUUUGUUCAGCAACAAUGCAUUAAAAAUCAGCAAAACCAGCAGCAUCAACAUCUUCUUCAUGAUGCUUUUGAUCAGUCUCAGCCAUCCAAUCCCAGUAAUCGGGUGAAGCAUGAGCCUGGAGUGGAGCACCAUAAUGAAGUUCUGCACUUGCAAACCUCUCAACAGUUCCAAAUGUCUGAGUUGCAAAAUCAAUUCCAGCAGAAUGUUGUUGAGGAUCAUUCUCAGGUAGCACAAAAUCUCUCUCAGCCAUCUGGACAGCAUGACAUGUGUUCAUCAUUGGCACAAAAUUCACAGCAAAUGCAACAGAUGUUGCAUCCACAUCAGUUGGUUUCAGAAUCUCAAAGUGAUUUUAAUUGCCAUUCUAUUGGAGCACCAUCAGCUACAAUAAUGCAGGGCCAAUGGCGUCCUCAUUUGCAGGACAGAGCUGGCAUCCCUAGCAUGUCACAUGAGCAGCAUGUCCAAGAGGAUUUCCACCAGAGAAUAUCUGGUCAGGAUGAAGCUCAACGGAAUAAUUUAGCUUCAGAAGGUUCUAAUAUUGUUCAAAGUGCUGCUCCUAGAAAUUCUUCAGAGACUCAACAUUCAAAUGGUGUUGUUUGUAGAUCAGGAAAUGCAAACCGAGACCGCCAGUUCAGAAAUCAACAGAAGUGGCUCUUGUUCUUGCGGCAUGCUCGCCGAUGUACAGCUCCUGAAGGGAAAUGUUCAGAUGUUAAUUGCAUUACCGUGCAAAAGUUGCUUAGACAUAUGGACAGAUGCAAUUCAUCUCCAUGCCCAUAUCCUCGAUGCCAUCAUACCAGGAUAUUGAUUCAACACAACAAGCACUGUAGGGAUGCAGGGUGUCCUGUUUGUAUUCCUGUCAAAAAUUAUUUAGAGGCACAAAUGAGGGCACGCACUCGUCCAAGCUCAGAUUCCUGUUUUUCUAUCAAAUCCAACAAUACUAGUGAUAAUUCAGCUAAAUUCAUUUCAAAAAAUCCAGCAGUUGAAACUUCAGAAGAACUGCAUCCCUCCCUAAAGCGCAUGAAAGUAGAGCAGUCCCCCCAAUCUUUUAAACCUGAGAAUGAAACUGCUGUAGUAUCUGCUUCUGUAGCCACUGAUUCUCACAUAUCUCAGGAUGUCAAGCUGCAAGAUUAUAAACAGGGUGACGCAUUUGUGCCCGUCAAGUCCGAGUACAUGGAGAUAAAGUUGGAACUUCCAUUAAGUUCUCUACAAGGAAGUCCUAGCAAUAAUGAGAAGAAAAAGGAUAUCGUAGACAGAAACAGCCAAAAGCCUAAUGGUGAAGCUAUUGUACAAGAUGAGUCAACUGAUUUAUCAAAGCAAGAGAGCAUCAAAGUUGAGAAAGAAACAGAUCAAGGCAAGCAAGAAAUUUCUGCACAACCUGCAGAUAAUGCAACUGGAACCAAGUCUGGAAAGCCAAAAAUAAAGGGGGUAUCACUGACUGAACUGUUCACUCCUGAACAAGUCAGGGAGCAUAUUAUGGGCCUCAGGCAAUGGGUUGGCCAGAGUAAGGCAAAGGCAGAGAAGAACCAAGCAAUGGAGCAUUCAAUGAGUGAGAACUCUUGUCAACUCUGUGCAGUUGAAAAGCUUACUUUUGAACCACCACCAAUAUACUGCACUCCCUGUGGUGCUCGCAUUAAACGAAAUGCAAUGUAUUAUACUAUGGGAGCUGGUGAUACACGGCACUAUUUCUGUAUUCCUUGUUAUAAUGAGGCUCGUGGAGACACUAUUGUCGUUGAUGGGAGUGCCAUCCAAAAGGCACGGCUUGAGAAGAAGAAAAAUGAUGAGGAGACUGAAGAAUGGUGGGUUCAAUGUGACAAGUGCGAAGCCUGGCAACAUCAAAUUUGUGCUUUAUUUAAUGGGAGAAGAAAUGAUGGUGGGCAAGCUGAAUAUACUUGCCCUAAUUGCUACAUAGCAGAGAUUGAAAGAGGAGAGCGUAAGCCUUUACCUCAGAGUGCAGUCCUUGGGGCCAAAGAUCUACCUCGAACAAUACUUAGCGACCACAUAGAGCAACGGUUAUUCAAGAGAUUGAAGCAGGAGAGACAAGAGAGGGCGAGGAUUCAAGUAAAAAGUUAUGAUGAGGUUCCUGGAGCAGAAGCACUUGUAAUUCGAGUUGUUUCAUCAGUUGACAAAAAGUUGGAAGUGAAGCAGCGGUUUCUUGAAAUUUUUCGAGAAGAAAAUUACCCAACUGAAUUCCCAUACAAGUCCAAGGUGAUUUUGUUGUUUCAGAAGAUUGAAGGUGUGGAGGUAUGUCUAUUCGGCAUGUAUGUCCAAGAAUUUGGAUCAGAAUGUCAAUUUCCAAAUCAACGCCGUGUCUAUUUGUCGUAUCUGGAUUCUGUGAAGUAUUUUAGACCCGAGAUUAAAGCAGUGACAGGGGAGGCUCUCCGUACAUUUGUUUACCAUGAAAUUUUGAUUGGAUACCUUGAAUACUGCAAGAAGAGAGGUUUUACUAGCUGCUAUAUAUGGGCUUGCCCUCCUUUAAAGGGUGAAGACUACAUAUUAUAUUGCCAUCCAGAAAUCCAGAAAACACCAAAAUCUGAUAAACUCCGGGAGUGGUAUUUGUCAAUGCUAAGAAAAGCCUCUAAGGAAAAUAUUGUGGUUGAACUAACUAAUUUAUAUGAUCAUUUCUUUGUAUCUACUGGGGAAUGCAAGGCAAAGGUAACAGCUGCAAGGUUGCCAUACUUUGAUGGUGACUAUUGGCCUGGUGCUGCAGAGGAUUUAAUUUAUCAGCUUAACCAAGAAGAAGAUGGCAGAAAACAGAACAAGAAGGGAACAACCAAAAAGACCAUAACAAAAAGGGCUCUUAAGGCAUCUGGUCAGUCGGAUCUUUCUGGUAACGCAUCGAAGGAUCUGCUACUAAUGCAUAAACUUGGUGAGACAAUAUGCCCAAUGAAGGAAGACUUUAUCAUGGUUCAUUUACAGCAUUGCUGCACCCACUGUUGUGUUUUGAUGGUAUCGGGAAACCGCUGGGUUUGCCACCAAUGCAAAAACUUUCAGAUUUGUGAUAACUGUUACGAGGCUGAACAGAAGCGUGAAGAAAGGGAGCGGCAUCCUAUCAACCAAAGGGAGAAACAUGCACUCUAUCGUGUUGAAAUCACUGAUGUGCCUGCUGAUACAAAGGAUAAAGAUGAAAUUCUUGAGAGUGAAUUCUUUGACACGAGACAAGCAUUUCUUAGUCUUUGUCAAGGAAAUCAUUAUCAGUAUGAUACUCUACGCCGGGCUAAGCAUUCUUCAAUGAUGGUCCUUUACCAUCUCCAUAAUCCAACUGCUCCUGCUUUUGUUACAACAUGCAAUAUAUGUCAUCUUGACAUUGAAACGGGUCAAGGUUGGCGCUGUGAAGUGUGCCCUGAUUAUGAUGUAUGCAAUGCUUGUUACCAAAAGGAUGGGGGUAUUGAUCAUCCUCAUAAGUUGACAAAUCAUCCAUCAAUGGCUGAUCGUGAUGCCCAGAAUAAAGAAGCUAGGCAGCUAAGGGUUCUACAGCUUAGGAAAAUGCUUGAUCUUCUGGUGCAUGCAUCACAGUGCCGUUCUCCACAUUGCCAAUAUCCAAAUUGUCGUAAGGUGAAGGGACUUUUCCGACAUGGGAUUCAAUGCAAGACACGUGCUUCUGGAGGUUGUGUUCUGUGCAAGAAAAUGUGGUAUCUCCUGCAACUUCAUGCUCGGGCAUGCAAAGAAUCAGAAUGCCACGUACCACGUUGCAGAGAUCUAAAAGAACAUUUGAGAAGGCUGCAGCAGCAGUCUGAUUCACGGCGAAGGGCUGCUGUGAUGGAGAUGAUGAGACAGAGAGCUGCAGAGGUUGCUGGCAACUCUGGGUAACCAUUUUGUACAUAUUAAUAUGGUUGUUUUGGAGGUAAGGCUUCCAGAUAAAGAGGAGGGUAGACAAUAUGUUUCUCUGCUGCUCCAUCAGCACUGCUUGAAAUUAAGCACUGCAGGAAAAGUGGCAGGCUUAGGUGUUCAGAAGGGAUAGACUUACAAUAGUACAGCAUAAUGGUUUAUGAUCACGCUUGUUAGGGAACAAUUUUUUCAUUAAUGUCUACACGGCUAAUUUCCCUACAAAGAAGCAAGUGAAAUUCGUUGGCCACCGCUGCCUACAUCAUCAGCAGCUAACUAUUCCCUGAAGAGUAUAGGAUUACCGAUGUGUGCUAGUCAGUGGCUUAAUUUGGUGAUUCUUUGAUUUUAUUCUCUUGUAUCUGUUUAAUGCCAUCCUUGGUGGCGAGUGUACUAUAAUUGUUCUAAUUAGGCUGAAUGUUUUUCUUAGAAAGGAAUGAUGGAGAAAGGUAGAUUUGUUACCCCCUUUUUCUCUUUUUUUCUUUUUUUUUUCUUUUUCCCCGCAAAUACUUGACUCAUCUUUUUGUAGAAUUCCUUGUUAUUUAAAGUGGGAAGAAAUAAGCAGUAUAUUCGUUGCUGCUGCAA